GUCGCUGGCGGCCGCGCUCGACUUCAGGUACCACCACGGCGCGGAGCUCGAGGCGUUCCUGAGGCGCGUGCACGGCGCCUACCCGGCCCUCACGCACCUGCACAGCCUGGGCCGCUCCGUGCAAGGAAGAGACCUGUGGGUUCUUGUUCUGGGAAAGUAUCCAACCCACCAUAAGAUUGGCAUUCCAGAGUUCAAGUAUGUUGCUAAUAUGCAUGGGGAUGAGACUGUCGGGAGGGAAAUGCUGCUCCAUCUGAUCGACUUCCUGGUGACCAACUACGGGAGCGACCCGGUUGUUACGCGGCUGCUCAACAACACCCGCAUCCACAUCAUGCCGAGCAUGAAUCCGGAYGGAUUCGAGGCGACCAAGGUGCCCGACUGCUACUAUUCCCUGGGCAGGUACAACGGGAACGGCGAGGACCUGAACCGCAACUUCCCCGACGCCUUCGAGCUCAACAACGUCACGGUGCAGCCGGAGACGCGCGCGGUCAUGGAGUGGAUCAGGAGGGAGACGUUCGUGCUCUCGGCCAACCUGCACGGCGGGGCGCUCGUCGCCAGCUACGCCUUCGACAACGGCAACGCGGCCACCGGCUCCUCGCAGGGCUACAGCAGGGCUCCGGACGACGACGUCUUUGUCCACCUGGCCAAAACCUACUCGUACAACCACGCCAGCAUGUACAAGGGCGCCGGCUGUGACAACAGGCAGACCUUCCCGGGCGGCAUCACCAACGGCUUCUCGUGGUACCAGCUGGAAGGUGGAAUGCAGGACUACAACUACGUCUGGGGACAGUGCCUGGAGAUCACCUUGGAGCUGUCGUGCUGCAAAUACCCCCCCGAGGACCAGCUGGAGAAGUUCUGGCGGGACAACCGGGCGGCCCUGCUCGAGUACAUGAAGCAAGUGCAUCUCGGCGUCAAAGGGCAGGUCCUGGACGGCAGCGGGCGGCCCGUUGCCCAGGCCAUCGUGGAGGCCGUCGGCCGCUCCCACGUGUGCCCCUACAGGACCAACGAGCACGGCGAGUACUUCCUGCUCCUGCUGCCCGGCACCUACGUGAUCAACGCCACCGUACCAGGAUUCCAAUCCCAGCUGAAGACGGUGGAGAUCCCGGAUAACACAGCGAACUUCAGCGCUUUGAGAUACGACUUCACUUUCCCGGCAGUGUCCGUGAGGACGGGCGCGGCCCCGUGUCCCACCUCUCCGCUGUACGGCGAGCUGGGGCGCUCCGCGGCGGCGGGGAGGGCAGCGCCGCGCGGCGUCCUGGCCGCCACCGUCCUGCUCGCGCUCACCGUGACCUAA